UUUGUUUAAUCCUACACUUCAUGUAUUAGCAGUUUUUACGAACGGAAUUAUUUCAAAUAAACUGAAAAGCGAGAAAUGGCCAUGUCGAAAGUUGAUCCAAAAAGCACUGUUCCUGGUGUUCCUGGUUCCUCCACCCUUGGAAUCCAGCUGAAGUCGGAGUAUUUAAAUUGUGAUUUGGGGGUAAAUGAAAAAGGGCAGUUUACUGUUAAGCUCGGUGGUGACGCUUUACUGCUAACAACUGCGAUUUUUAGCAAGUGCGACAAUCUAAAAGGCCUAUUUUUGGCUGGAGGCGUGCUCACGGCAACUGUUUAUGCUUUGCGCAAACUUCGAUAUGUUGGGGGCCUUUCUAUAAAGUUGCUGGUGGUGCUAAGUUCGUUAUGACGGACGAACCAGAUCUGAUAAAGGAAGCUCGGGAAAAGUUAAAUAAUGGUUCCUUUUCUGAAGAAUUAGAAAAGAAAACAUUGGCUAUAAUGAAAGAAAACCCGAAAGAAUUUUCGACUAAGGAUUUUAAAAUAGAUUCUUGCCAAGAAAUUGCAAUUGAACAAAUAACUGCGGAUGGAGCCCACAUUUCAAUGAAAGAUUCGAAUGUAGAGCAAUCUGCUAUAGCUGCGGACCAUAUAAAUAUUGGCAGCAAAGACGAAUCUUCGAAAGGUUCUGCAUCCGGCUUUGUGGGUGGAAGUCGUCAGCAAAGGCUGUCCGAGCUAAAUAUGGAUAAUAGCAAAGUAAAGAGAUCGGCCAUCGGCUCGUCACACGUUCACAUCCAGUGAUGAGAUACCCGAUAAAUUCAAAAGCUUUAUAAUUAAUAACCCACAAAUAUAUAGCAGGGGUAAAGUAGAUGUAAAUAACGUAGAUGGCUUAAUGCUUAAAAAGUAAAUAAACAAACAUAUAUUAGAGUGGGGGAAGUUAAAACAUUUAAGCACAUAUUCUCUCUUAUUUUAACACAAAUUUUUAUCAGUAAAGGCGGCUGAACACAGUACCUAAUUCCGCAUGCGGCAGCGAAAUCCGGACAAAACAGACAAAACGGAUGAAUUCCGGAAACUGUGUACAGCCACCUUUAGUAUAGCAGGAAUCGGCUUUGGCACGCGCUUUAUACAGUCGUACGAAUACUGUCGACUAAUCCUGAUGUUACAUUUUUUGCUUUUCGUCAAAUGGGGGACGUAAAAAGAAAUUUUAAAAAUGUCUCACAUUAUCCCCGUGUCCUACUUUACCCCACCCUAAUAUAUGUAUAUAUAUAGUAUGUGUAUGUUCUAAACGAUUGAUCAAUAAUGUGUGCAAACGUAAUUUAAACAACGGUAUAAAUUGUGUGUUGACGUAAUUUCAAAUACAAUACUCAAGAAAAACGU